CCGCGUUCAAGGCUGCUGGAACCCUUCACCAUUGAUGGCCAUGGCCGGAAACGCUCGUGCGACGGGGUCCCCCGACUCUCUGUUUGCAGAAGGCUACGCAUACUCUGUCCGUUCCUGGGGCGGCCGCAUCCAUGAACAGACGAAAGAAUGCAGGAGCCUGAGUCAUCUAGGUAUCCUGAUGCCCCUCUACUUGUCCCCCAUCGCCUAUCAGGGCACGAUGAGAAGCCUCUGUCUCUACUGCAUCCUCAUGCCGCUCUUCUUGUGGGCCUUCCACUCGCUCCCGAUGCCCGUGGUCGCUUUACUGCAUAUCAUCAACCUACCACUCUUCGGCAUUAUGAGCACCGAACAAAUGGCCUGGGAAUACCUUUCAACAGAGGGAGUAACUGUGGUCCUGCUGGCGAUGCUGGUUAUAUCUGUCGAUUCCGGUACUACCUUCAUUCCGCGCGUAGCCUACUCCGUAGUUUCCAGGUUCGGCAUGCGUCGACGGAAUCUGUUCAUCACUGUCUGCGCCGCAGCUUUAACCUGUACAAUGCUUUGCGCUCAGACGGUCGUUGCGGUCCCUCUCCUGUUGGUGGUGGAUCGGGUCUUGUGCGUGCUCUACCACGAGAACUUGGACAACAUCGUGCAGAUUGCCGUAGUCAGCCAGAAGACGGGCAACUACACCGUGUCUGCCGCACGCUCUAUACAGAGCCCUAAUACGGACCCACUUCUGAACAAGCUUGCGCAGGUUGUCGGGGCCCUGAAAGACGAGAAGAACGACUCCAAGACGACGCCGAAGCACAACGAAACUAGCGAAGACGAAGUUCGACCUCCAGUAGUCACUAGUGUCAAAGACGGCGCCGAAACAGUGAUGGGACUCGACCAAGAAAAGGAGGCUAAGCGAGCAGCUCCUUGCGAGAAACCUCAAGGCGAACAUCGCACCGAGCAAACUCGCAAGGUCUUCCAGAUCCGCACACCGGACGACAAAACGCCUGAAGCAGUGUCACCCGAGAUGAAGAAAUCGGGGAACACCGUUAAAGUGGUGACAUUGGACGACACGGUCGCGAACUCUCCAUCAGACAUGGUGGCGGCAUCCCCUGGACCAGAACGCCUAAGCGCCACCCGUAUGCGGAAAGCUUCCAUCCUGAAGUUGCCUGGAUCGAGCAGUGUUAUCGCCCGCAAAAUGUCUUCCGGCGUUGACUUCAAGCAAGACAGCCUUACUGUCAGCCCAGCUGCUGAAUUGGCUGAUCGUCCUCCUGGGCGGCUGCUGUCCGAACGGCCUAGGUCGAGAAUGUCGUCGUGUAGCAACACGUCGGUCGGCGAUGAGAGUCUGAGUGAGUGGCUCCGUUCGCGAAAAUACGCCAGGCGAAUUUCUCUACGAUACCCCGCCACGGGACGUGAGAGCGUUGGUGAAGAUUCCACUCACGGGAGGACUUCCCGGCUGGCGUCUAGUGCAGGUACAUCUACCACACUACAAGCAGCGGCGGCAGCGGCUGCAUCUGCGAGGGACGACAUGACGAGACGCCGUGCGGAGCUUCACAGCGCCUUCUUGUGGGGUCCUUCUUUGAUGACAGUUCUUGGAAACAUCUGCAGUAUCUGGUUCUUUCCUGUAGGAGACGUCUUGGAAAAGAUACGCCAAGACCCCCGGAAACCUCGUCUUACUCCGGUAAGGCUGUGGUCGAUUACUGCGCCUGUGUCUCUGGUGGCUUCACUUUUCACUGGAAUCUACCUCUAUUUCCAUUUGAGGCUGUUCAAACAUGAACCUGCCGACUCCUCGACUGAGCACAUGAGCGUCAUGGAAGCCGCACGAAACAAACUCAAGAGUGCGGGGCCUGCAAACACCAUCGACCGCUUGGCCUGCGUUUACAUUGGCGUCUUCUGCGUCACCUUCUACCCGCUCGUGAUCAUGGGACAUGACGCCAUGGAGAUGCAACUUCGUAUUCUCUGCGGAAUGGUCCUGGCGUCUACCUUGCUUAACCACGUGGACCAGAACGUUGUACUCAGUCGAAACAACAUCGGUCUCAAAAUGCCGUGGGGAGUACUCUUCGUCAUUGGUGCUGUGCAGAUUAUAUCGCUCGUUGUCGAAAAAUACAGCUUGCUGGAAGAGAUGUUCCAGGGCAUACCGCCGAACUUCUGGCAAAACUAUUCACCGAUGUCUGUCCAGGUGAUGCUGGCAUGCAUCUCGGCAGGUUUGGCAGAGACAAUGGAUCGUAAUACAAUUAGCCGGAUCAUCAUACCAAUCGUCACGGAGAUUGCAGCUCGGAUGGAGGUGUACCCUCUCUACUACGCGAUACCCGUCGCGGUGGCGGCGUCCACUAACGUCAUCAUGCCAAUAUCUACACCUUUGGUUAUCCUGCACGAAAUUGGUCACGUACCAAUGUGGCAGAUGCUGCUUCACGGUAUCCUGUUGAAGGUUCUUCUGGUGGGGGCAGUUCUGCUGAGCAUGAAUACCACGGCCGAGAUGAUCUACUCGUGGGGCACUCAAAUGCAGCCAGACCAGUGAUGACAGCGUCCCUCCCUUAUAUAUACUCCCGUCGGCGCGUCAGCUCGAUCAAAUACGUUCACGCGAAAAACACAUUCAAUUUGUAUUCACUCUCGCUAUAGCUCUCCGGGAGUAACUAUAUAGGUAUAGCUUGAUGUUGUACAAUGAUUAAAGAUUUUUCAUACA